AGUUUCAAACUAAUAUCUGUAGACGCCAUUUGAGAAGUGGGCAAAACCCAGAAAAUUUGAUUCGAUGGAGCAGGGGAAGCAAGGAGUCAUGGUGGCCAAAUUCUCGCCUAAUCAGAACCCAAUAGAGCAGUUACAAGUUCGGUAUAAGGAGUUGGAAACUGGGUUCAGAGCUUGGUUGGCCAAGCAGUCUUUGCCUGUUGAAGCCGCCAUCGUCACCGUUACCAGCGCCGCCCAAGGUGCUGCUAUCGGUGCUUUCAUGGGUACCCUCACGAACGAUGGUGGCUCACCUUUUCCUACUCCUCCUCAGGCCAACCUUAACCCUCAAGCCAUGGCCUCCCUCAAACAAGCUCAGGCUCUUUCUGGAGGCCCCUUUGUACAAGCUCGCAACUUUGCUGUCAUGACUGGUGUAAAUGCUGGAAUAUCCUGUGUCAUGAAAAGAUUGAGGGGAAAGGAGGAUGUUCAGUCCAGUAUGGUAGCAGCAUUUGGUUCCGGAGCCAUGUUUUCAUUGGUAAGUGGCAUGGGUGGUCCAAAUCAGAUUGCCAAUGCAGCCACUUCUGGACUUUUCUUUGCACUUGUUCAGGGUGGACUUUUCCAGUUGGGGCAAAAGUUUUCUCAACCACCAGUGGAAGAUACUUACUAUUCCAAAACAAGAAGCAUGUUGAGUAACCUUGGCCUCCAGAACUACGAGAAGAAUUUCAAGAAAGGGUUAUUAUCAGACACUACUUUACCUCUGCUCACCGAUAGUGCGCUCAGAGACGUGAAGAUCCCACCAGGACCGCGACUACUCAUUCUUGAUCACAUUAAAAGGGAUCCGGAGUUGAAGGGGAAGCGUGGAAAAUAGACGUCGCAGUCGCCUUGUCGAGCUAAUGAGGCUAAUUUGUUUUCACCAGUUUUAAUAGUAGACGCAGAUAGUGAGGAGAAGUAGGGGGAGGGGAUAUGUUUUGGAAAUGAAAAGAGAUAAUGUGGAUUGUUGUGUUUUGUGCUGAAAAUUCAGAUUGCCUCAAUUUGUGGGAGUAAAAUUUGAUUAGCAAUA